CUACCCCUACCCCUACCUUCUCCUUCCACCCUAUCCUCCUCACCUAUCUUCCCCUUCCAAAUCUCUCUCAUUCAGAUUCAAUCCCUAAAAAUAAGAAUAUCAAUUUUUCACGUAACCAAACAAUUUUUUUUUUUCAAUAAUAAAAAAAAUCCAAUUUUGAUUCUGGGAAUUUCUCGAAUUUUAUUUUUCUUUCUUCGUUUACUUUUUGGGAAGAAAAAUUCGAUUUUGGGGGUUUGAAUGUGAUUUGUAGAAAAUGCCGGAAUCGAAUCAAGAGGCGUCAAUGUAUGGAAGAGGAACCAUGGCGAAUAACAACAUGCAGAGUGGUGGUGGUCAUGGGGAUGACGAAGAUGACGAGGUCACCGGAGCAGAAGAGUCCAUUGAUAACCCUCAACUCCGCUAUGAAGAUGGUGGAUGUGUUGCGGCCAUGAACGGCGUUCAAGAUGUCCCUUCCAACGCAAUCUACGUGCCCAACUCCGAAUACCCUCCCGUUGCCGAAAAUGGAGGCUCUGAUCAGCUCACUCUCUCGUUUCAGGGCGAGGUUUACGUGUUCGACGCUGUUUCGCCUGAUAAGGUGCAGGCAGUGUUGUUACUUUUGGGUGGAUAUGAGAUCCCUUCUGGUAUACCUGCCAUGGGAACAGCCCCUCUUAAUCAACGGGGUAUAAAUCAAUUUGUUUCAAAGCCAAUUCAACCACAGAGAGCUGCUUCUUUAAAUCGGUUCCGGGAGAAGAGGAAAGAACGUUGUUUUGAUAAAAAAAUCCGUUACACUGUCCGCAAGGAAGUUGCAAUGAGGAUGCAGCGUAAGAAGGGUCAGUUUACGUCGUCUAAGGCUAGUUCCGAGGAGGUAGGCUCAGCUUUAUCUGUUUGGAAUGCCGCACAGGGCUCUGGCCAAGAUGAGAGCAUGCAGGAAACUUCGUGUACAAACUGUGGAACUAGUUCGAAGUCCACACCAAUGAUGCGUCGUGGGCCUGCUGGUGCAAGGACUUUGUGUAAUGCAUGUGGGCUUAAGUGGGCUAAUAAGGGAGUCUUAAGAGAUCUCAAGGUUCCAAAUGGUGGUGCACAGGCUGCUUCACUGAAGGAAACUGAGCAGAGCGACGGUGAUGCUAAUGAUCCCGAAGCUGUAAACACAACCACCAACAUGGUCUCUUACAACGGUGAUCGCGACCAUAAGACUACUGAAACGGGAUGAUUGGUUGAUUCUUCGUAACUAGAUCAAUUAUAUUUUCUGCCUCGGUAAGGAUGUGAAAUAGAUUCAAAUGUGUAACAACUUCAUAUUCACUUUGAUGGAGUGUAAAUAGAGUUUCAAUGUACUAAACUAAAAAUUGAUGAAUAAGUUUUACUAAUUUGGAACUCUUUUUCACAUUAGCAUUUGUAUAUUACUUCCAUAAAAGAGAGACGGUUCGCUAAAUGCGGAUGCUAUUUUCAAUA